CUUGCCUGGCUCGAACAGGUAUUUAACCGCCAUACUGCAGCUAAAGCGCGACGACGAGGGCGCCUUCUAAUCCUUGACGGCCACGGCAGCCACGUUACCGCUGAUUUCUUAGAUUUUUGCGACGCCAAUCGAAUCCUACUUGCCAUCUUCCCCCCGCACUCAACCCACAGCCUUCAGCCGCUCGAUGUGGUGCUGUUCUCGCCGCUCGCGAAGCACUACACCACAGCGCUUGACCGCCAGCUCCAGCAAUCGCAAGGACACCUAAUGAGCACGAAACAAUCUUUCUUUACAAACUUCUGGGCGGCGUGGAGCUCUACAAUGAAGCCAGAGCUCAUCUCGAAGAGCUUUCAAGCUACAGGCGUGUGGCCGAUGGACGCGGAGCGUGUACUAAAGCACUUUAACAACAGCACUUCGCGACAAGAUUACGACUCAGAAGUUUCACACAGCAGCGGCAGCGAUACUCGUAAGAAACUCCACGAUUUACUUGACGAACUAGUCGAGGAUAGAGCCAAAGCUCAAGCUACAGAGCUGCUAGAGCGAGUAGAGGCGCUACAGGUCAAGAACAAGCUGCUUCGCGAGGAAAACUUAGGUUUACAAGAAGCUCUCGACACUAAGAACAAGAAACAGAAGAAGCGCAAUACGCUAGACCUUCAGCAGCGCGAGGAGUACUACGGCGGCUCUAUAUUCAGGUCUCCAAAGAAGCUCCGCGAAGCGCGCUGGCGCGAGGCCGUAAAACAAGACGAAGCCGAGCGACUGCGACUCCAGAAAACUCACGAUAGAGAGCUAAAAGCGGCGGCAACAAGGUACAAGAAGCAGCAAGCUGAGGCUGCAAAGGUAGCUCGUCAACAUGCUGCUGAGGAGAGGCGCAAGGCGAAGAAAGCGCGGGCUGAAGAACUGGCUACAGCUCGAGCGCUUAAACAACAGCAACGCGAAGCUGCAACCUCACAAAAAUCUCGCGAUACACCUAAAGGGUCUAAGCGAAAAGCCUCACAUAGUGCUGCAAAAAAUCCGACAAAGCGUCGUCGUGUUGUGGGCGCAGCAAGUCGGGUGGACGCUGCACCUGAGGCUCCUCCUCCGCCCACCCAGAUCACGCGCACACGCUCAGUACGACUACCUAAGAAACAUUCUGAGUAG